GGGCAGAUCUCAUCUCAUCCGUUUGUUUGGUAAUUUGUUAUUGAUACCACCAUCGCACGCUGCUUCUGAAAUUCACAGUUGUCGUCUCUCUUUUGGGUUUGUUGCUGAAAACCCUAAACAGAGAGAGAAGAGAGAAGAGAGAAGAGGGAAGAGAUGGAUUUGGACCAGUGGAUCUCAAAGGUCAAGGAAGGACAGCAUCUCUUGGAGGACGAGCUUCAACUUCUAUGUGAAUACGUAAAAGAGAUCCUUAUUGAGGAGUCCAAUGUGCAGCCUGUAAACAGUCCAGUUACUGUUUGUGGUGAUAUUCAUGGUCAGUUUCACGAUCUAAUGAAACUUUUCCAGACUGGAGGCCAUGUACCAGAGACCAAUUACAUAUUCAUGGGCGAUUUUGUGGAUCGUGGUUACAACAGUCUUGAAGUUUUCACUAUCCUUUUGCUUCUUAAGGCGAGAUAUCCAGCUAACAUUACGCUUUUGCGUGGUAAUCAUGAAAGCAGACAACUUACCCAGGUAUAUGGUUUUUAUGAUGAAUGCCAGAGGAAGUAUGGAAAUGCUAAUGCAUGGCGCUACUGUACAGAUGUUUUUGACUAUCUGACGCUAUCAGCAAUUAUAGAUGGAACUGUGCUAUGUGUCCAUGGUGGUCUUUCUCCUGACAUUCGAACAAUUGAUCAGAUUAGGGUCAUUGAGCGAAAUUGUGAAAUUCCACAUGAGGGGCCAUUUUGUGAUCUCAUGUGGAGUGAUCCUGAAGAUAUUGAAACAUGGGCGGUAAGUCCACGUGGAGCAGGUUGGCUUUUUGGGUCCAGAGUCACUUCUGAGUUCAACCACAUAAAUAAUCUUGAUCUGGUUUGUCGAGCACACCAACUCGUUCAAGAAGGUCUUAAGUACAUGUUUCAAGAUAAAGGCCUUGUAACUGUCUGGUCUGCGCCAAAUUACUGUUACCGCUGUGGGAAUGUAGCUUCUAUUUUAAGUUUUAACGAGAAUAUGGAGAGAGAAGUGAAGUUCUUCACUGAAACAGAGGAGAACAACCAGAUGAGAGGACCAAGAACAGGAGUACCUUAUUUCUUAUGAUCAUUUGGAGUUGAAUGGCUGCAUCAUUUGUAUAAUUAUUUGAAGUAUUGGUAUAGGUGGUUGAGAGCACUGUAACAGAGGAGCCUUGAAUAUGUCACUGUCGGGUGGAUCUCCCUUCUACUUGGCUGGAGGUUUCCCAUCUGGUCUGGCUGCUAUUGACAUUUUGACAUUCCUCGGUUGUGUAUUAGGUUGCUAAUUGUUAUUCAAUUCUUAAUCAAUCUCCCGGUACAUUCCUUUGUUUACUUUGUCUGUGGAUUCAUCAUGUCUUGCUCAAUUACGCAGCAAAACUAGCAUUUUGUUCUUUAGUUGGCACCAUUUGGAGUUGAGAAUUUGCUUGUACAGUUUUACUCA